AUGGGCCUAGGGUUGGGCGUCAUGGGCCUAGGGGGGGUGCGCGAUGGGGCAGGCAAGGCCAGUGCUACGGGGCAGCCCGACCGUGCAGCGCGAUGGGGCAAGCGGCUGGGCAAUGCGACGGGGCAGGCGAUAGGCCGGAGCGAUGGGGAAGGCGAUGGGCCAGCGCUACGCGGCAGGCGACGGGGCAGCGCGGCGGGGUUGAGCGACGGGGCAUGGGAUGGGGCAGUGCGACGGGGUAGGGGAUGGGGCAACGCGAUAGGGCUGGGGAUGGGGCAGUGUGACGGGGCAGGGGAUGGGGCAGCGCGACGAGGCGAGCGCGGUGGGGACGGCUUACCGGACUUACCUGAGAAGGAAGCCUCUGACAAGGGGAACCUUGCUCCCGGAUCUGCGUCGGGUGGUGUGAAUGGUCCGUUUGAAGACCUCCUGGACCUGCAGCAUAACACGGAUCAGGGAGCGGGAUCCGGCGUUGAUAAGGCUGAAGACGUGGAAGGUGUUGUCGACGCUACAGCGAAGGCCUCGAAGGAUGCUGCUGGUGUCGACGAAGCUGAGGAAGUUGAUGCUGGUGGCGACGUGCAUGAAGAUGCUGACGCGCAGUCAGCCAUGGCUCCUGAUGAUGAAGAUGACAGCUAG